CUAAAUAUUAACUAAGUUGAAUGAAAUAACUAUGCGAAAAGGAUGAAUAGUUUGAUCUCAUUAUUGAUGAUAAACUAUCUAGUAUAGAAUAAUCAACAUCUACAUAAUCCAAAUAAAGUAACGCAAACAUAGCUAUGUUAUAAGAUAAUUCUAAAAAUUUUAAAUUAAAAAGAACUCAAAGUAAUUCUAAUAACUAUAAUUUAUAGAAAGCUUAUUAUAACUAAAUCAUAUUCCUUUUUAAAGAAGAGGGUCUCAAUCCUGUGUAGAACCUAUUUAAAUCAUUUAUGAAGAAGUAAUCAUUCUAUUCAUAUGUCUAUUAUUAGAGUCAUUAAUUUGGAAAACCAAAUCUAUACAAUGUAUUUUGGUAUGAUGAAAAUAUUGAUAACAAGUAUGAAAUUGUUGUAUCAGCAACACAAGAAACUUUAAUCUCUGAUUUUAUUGUGUUAGUUAUAAAAGAAUUCAAUUUCUAACAUGAUUAUAUUCAUUCCCCCUUCACUGAAGAUGGAUCACUCCAUUAUGAAUUGUACAUUCCAAAAAAAAAAAGUGGAAAACCAAAUGAAGAUUUUCCAGGUAUUUUAUUAUUUAAUAUUCAAUAAAGCUUUUUCUGAUAAAACUUAAUUAGGAUAAACAAAUAUUACAUAAUUUGCUCUCAAAGUGACAAAAUUAGACUUUCAUUAUAUUACUCAAUAAAAUUAAAAUGUUUAGUUACCAAUUACAAAGUUUAAAGAUGAAAAUCCAAAGGAUUAAAAAUCUUUCUGGUAGAAAUUUUUUUUUUGUUGUAAUUUCGAAAUCUGA